UGUAUUUUUAAAUAGCAUCUAGUAUAUUCAGUUAAGUCAGAGAAACUCGGUUUUUGUGCUUUUGUGUAUAAAGUAAAGAAAUAAUAAAUUGUUUGCUUAAUGGGCACAAUGCACACUGUCUGGUGGUUAGACAUCAUUAUAACCUUGACCCAUUUGUACAAAAGUAAUGCAUGUAACCAAAACAUCUGUACCUCUGUAACAUUCUGAAAUUAAAAAAAAUGUAAAAUGUUGUGUCAAACUAUACACAUUGUUCAGUGUAUAGUUCAGUAUAAAGUGUCAAACUAUACACACUGUUCUCUCCAUUUUUUAAAAGCCAACAACAUUCUAGAGAUUGUCACAACAGCACAGAAAGACCUACCUCAUUCUUUUUGAAAUCUUGAAAUCCUACAAAUGGGAUUGUGGAUCUAACAGGGUAUAUUCUGAUAUUGGCAAACUGUUUUCGAAAAGUUUGUAUCAAUUCUGCCUUAAGAUUUUCUUCUGCAAUGCUGGAGAGGUUCACUCUUCUUAUCAAAGUUGAUGUGGGUGUUUUCAAACUUUUUUUUUUUUUUGAGAUCCAGUCUCAGUCUAUUGCCCUGGGUAGAGUGCUGUGGUGUCCUACCUCACAGCAACUUCAAAUUCCUGUGUUCAAUUUAUCCUCUUGCCUCAGCCUCCCAAGUAGCUGGGACUAUAACCAUGUGCCACCAUGCCUGGCUAGUUUUUUCUAUUAUUAUUAUUAUUAUUAUUAUUUUAGUAGAGAUGGGGUCUCACUCUUGCUCAGGCUGAUCUCGAACUUGUGAGCUCAAGCAAUCCACCUGCCUUGGCUUCCCUUGUACUAGAAUUACAGGUAUGUGCCACCAUGCCUGGCCUAUUUUCAAACUUCUUAAUCUUUUGGAAUUUGAUAGAUGACAAACCACAGUGUUAUUAUUUAUUUAUGGAUAAGUGGAACAUACACACUUUUUGUUUUUGUAUUUUUACUUUUUUGAGACAGUUUCACUUUCUCACCCUUGGUAGAGUGCUAUGGCAUCAUAACUCACAGCAACCUCAAACUCUUGGGCUCAAGUGAUUCUCUUGCCUCAGCCUCCCAAGUAGCUGGGACUACAGGUGUCCGCCACAACGCCCAAUUAUUUUUAGAGGCGGGUCUUGCUCUUACUCAGGCUGGUCUCCAACCUAUGAGUUCUGGCAAUCCAUGCUGCUCAGCCUCCCAGAGUGCUAGGAUUACAAGCGUGAGCCACCACGCCCAGCCCGGUACACACUUUUAAAACAGUUUUAAUGUCUCUAAUUUCAACUUUUCUGUGUAUAUGUGAGUGUGUGUGUUAAAAAUGUAUUUAUUGCCAAUAUGGGUUCUUGAAGGUGUGAUUUAGCAAAACCAAUUCAAAAUUAAAUCUCAUAUGUCUUUUGACUCAUCAAACUGACUUCUGGUUAUUUAACCUAUAGAAAUAAAAACGUAGGAAUAUAUACACAUGUAGGUGUUGAUACAUAAUAAGCAUGUAUAUACAUACAAAGGAAUGUUAGCUGCAAUAUUGUUUGUGGUAGCAAAUCUGGAAGAACAUAAGUGCUCAUUCGUAUGGGAAUGUUUUAAUAAAUUUUAACUAUUCUUAACGAAUUACUAUUUUUAAAAUGAGUGAUAUAUAUUUGGUGAGAAUGUCAACUCACACAAUCUUUGUAGUAGUAAUCAAAACUAAAAACUCAACAGGCCCUUUAGACAAGUUAAUUUAUAUAAAUUUAUCCUAGCGCAUAGGCAUCAAAAAGCAUAUUAAGCACUCUGGGAGGCCAAGGCGGGUGGAUUGUCUGAGCUCACAGUUCGAGAUCAGCCUGAGCUCAAGCGAGACCCCUGUCUAAAAAUAGCCGGGCGUUGUGGCGGGCACCUGUAGUCCCAGUUCCUUGGGAGGCUGAGGCAAGAGAAUGGCUUGAGCCUAAGCGUUUGAGGUUACUGUGAACUAAAGACGCCACGGCACUCAACCGAGGGUGACCAAAUGAGACUCUGUCUCAAAAAAAAAAAAGCAUUAUUAAGUAAAAACUUAGAGAUCUGUUUGUCUGACAAGCCCUAGGCUCGCGGCCACGCCCCCGGGUUUCGCCCCAGCCACGCCUUCCUGUCUCGGUGUAAGUCGGGAUCCCAGACUCCAUCCACGUCUCCUGGGCGUGACCGCCGCUCCCAGUCCCACCCUCUAUCCCAGGCUCGCCCCACCCCAGCCACGCCUUCCGGGAGGGAUUUUUCAACCUCAGCUCCGCCCCAACCACGCCUUCGGAGCUUGGUCCUCGCUCCCAGCCGGGGUCUUUUCACUCUCCAGCAGGCACCGCGAACCCCUCACGGCUCCUGCUACGCCACUGGGGUUUGGUCCUUGUACCCAGCCUGGGUCUCGGAGGCAGUCCGGAUCCUGGCCUGGUCCUGCCCGAGACACCACCACGUUCCCGCGAGAGAAAAGUCUAAUUUCUGUGCCAGCUACCCGAGGACGCGGCCACCGCUCUGCCGGCUGCCUGGAGCCCCCAGGGCGAACCCCCAGCUGGUGUCUCUUCGGCCGGAAGCGGAAGUGCAUAUCGGUGGCAUCAUGGCGACUUUAGCCGAACUCCCGGACUCGGUCCUGCUAGAGGUUUUCUCUUACCUCCCGGUACGGGACCGGAUCCGCAUUUCCAGGUGCGGCCCCGCCUCCAGGGCGGGGGAAAGGCCGGGUGGAGUGCACCCCUUGGAGAAGCGGAUCCGGUCCCCCGGGGGCCGAAGUCGUUCUAACCGCGGGUCUCCUCCCCCAGAGUCUGUCACCGCUGGAAGAGGCUGGUGGACGACCGGUGGCUGUGGCGACACGUCGACCUAACGCUCUACACGCACCCUCUGGCUCCUACAGAUGCGGCCAAAAGUCAUGUGGCAUCUCCUUCGCCGGUACAUGGCAUCCCGGCUCUACUCCCUGCGGAUGGGGGGCUACCUCUUCUCUGGCUCUCAGGCCCCACAGUUGUCCCCUGCCCUUUUGAGGGCCCUGGGUCAGAAGUGUCCCAACCUGAAGCGCCUCUGCCUGCACGUGGCCGACCUCAGCAUGGUGCCCAUUACCAGCUUGCCGCCCACGCUGAGGACCCUGGAGCUGCACAGCUGCGAGAUCUCCAUGGCCUGGCUCCUUAAGCAGCAGGAUCCCACUGUGCUGCCCCUGCUUGAGUGCAUCGUGCUGGACCGUGUCCCUGCCUUCCGGGAUGAGCACCUGCAAGGCCUGACACGCUUCCGUGCCUUGCGCUCGCUGGUGCUGGGUGGCACAUACCGUGUGACUGAGACAGGGCUGGAUGCCGGGCUGCAGGAGCUGAGCUACCUGCAGAGGCUCGAGGUGUUAGGCUGCACUCUCUCAGCUGACAGCACUCUUUUGGCCAUCAGCCGCCACCUUCGAGAUGUGCGCAAGAUCCGGCUGACUGUGAGGGGCCUUUCUGCCCCAGGCCUGGCUGUCCUAGAGGGAAUGCCAGCUCUGGAGAGUCUGUGUCUGCUGGGCCCUCUCAUUACCCCAGAAAUGCCCUCCCCCACUGAAAUUCUCUCCUCCUGCCUCACCAUGCCCAAGCUCAGAGUCCUUGAGCUGCAGGGGCUGGGGUGGGAGGGUCAGGAAGCUGAGAGGAUCCUGUGUAAGGGGCUGCCCCACUGCAUGGUCAUUGUCAGGGCCUGCCCCAAAGAGUCCAUGGACUGGUGGAUGUGACCAGUUGGAUGGUGUAUGUUCCAUCCAUCCCUGGAAUACAUCCCAUCUUUUACUGUUGAGCCUCAGACCCUCUGAGCAGCAUCUUGAAGAGGGCAAGUAAUAAAGCUUAUGGGAACUGAAGGCCCCAGAUAGAGAACUGGGGCCUCAGACCAUUCUAAUCAUUGUUUGCCAGCUGUGUGGCCUUGGUCAUACACAUAUCACCCUCUCAGUGGCCCAGUUCCCAUAUAUGGAAGUAGGAAAGACCAUAGCUACCUCAUGGUGAUGUUGCAAAGCCUUACUCUUAACAGCUUCUUCCUCAAGAAGGGUCUCAAUGAAGGGUCAUUCCCAGGCUUGUCACAGGGUUGUCCUUAGGAACAGGAAAGAUGCAGAGGGUGAGGUUAAGAGCUAGGGGUAGCCAGGCCUGGUGCUUCAUCCCUGUAAUCCUGGCACUUUGGGAGGCCAAGGCAGGAGGAUUGCUUGAGCCCACAAGUUUGAGACUAGCUUAGGUAACAUAGUAAGACCCUCUCUCUACCAAAAAAUAAAAAGGAGCUGGGGCACCUGAAGGGCUGAGCCCCCUUAAGAGGCCUACAAGGACUAUCUAUGCACCCACGCACCUAUGCACCAUUUGUAUACUUACAUGCAGACAGAGAGAGCAAGUGAGAUUUGCACUUUCAUGAUCAAAAUGUUCAUAAAAGUUCUCAUUUGUAUUUUCUAUAUUUUGUAUUAUGUUUUUUCCAAGUUUCCCAUUAACAUAUUAUUUUGCUAUUAAA